AUGUUUGAGCAACAAAAUUUAUUGGAAUGUGAAUCAUCAGACAGUGACGAUACAAAUAAUUUUUUUGAUUGGUCAAAAAAUAAAUCGAAAUUAACUCUACCUUUGGAACAGGAAAUAUCAAAUUUUUUUACCAAAAGUCCAACUAAAAGCUUAGAUUCUUUAAUUGAAACUCCAACAAUAAGAAAAGUAUUUGUAAAAUUCAACACACCACUGCCAAGCAGUGCAGCUGUAGAACGUGUCUUUAGUGUUGGUAGUGCCGUAUUGACUAAAAAAAGAGGAAGAAUGACAGAUGAAAACUUCGAAAAAACAUUAAUGCUAAAAUGUAACAAACAUUUAAUUUGA